UCUCAGGUUUCCCAUAUUUUCUCCACGGGAAAUUGAUGUGUCAAAGCAAUUUCUCCAUUAAAGGAAAAAAAAAGUCAAUAUUAGUGAUUUGUCUGAGAAAGUGAUAAAGCCACGCAUCAGGAGAAAUAGCAGUGGUUUCCUAGGUUGGUUGCAUGGAGCUGCCAGAUUUCUGAAUCCUUUGUAUGAACUCUGAGGCUUCCUUAAGGAAUGGAAUAAAUACCAUCUCUUAAGGAUGCUGCUAAAUGUAACAGAUGUUUGUUCUGGUCUUAACCAAUACACCAUCUACGUUUGUACUCACAACUGAUCCUUUAAAAAUGGACAAGCCUUAAGGGCAUACAGUACAACAUAAGCUAUGUAGAGAUGCGCUAAAAGAUCUCAGUCAUGUGGUAGUCAGAACCAUUUCUGUGGUGAAGCAUGUUUUGGAACCUGAAGAGAAAUUGUUAAAGGAACCUGUGAGAACAUCUGUCUCUGUUGUAUGAGAGGACAACUCAACUAGUCAUCAAAGUCAGAUGCUGGUGGGACUGCAAUAAUAACAAAUAAUAAUAAAACUAUAAUUUAGUUAUGUCCAAAUGUGUACAGGGUAUGUUAAAAUGUGUUUAGUAUAUGUAAUGAAUUAGUGAUAAGCUUAAGCCCAAAAUAGCUAUGAAAAUUAAGGCAAGGGGUUUCUCUUUUCAUCUUAAAGGUGACAUCAGUUUGCACGAGUCUCAAUUACAGCAAAUAUUAUGAGAAUAUUGUACAGUGAGAAUUUUGAGUCACAAUUCAAAAUCCUGAAUGCAGAGGAGGAGAAAUACAUAUCUCUUUACGUUUUAAUUAUGCUGAGGAAAUAAGUGGAAAAUGUUAGAAAGCAAAGUUAAUAUCCUUUUUUAUUACUUUUUUAAUAGGUAGAAAACUUAAGCUAAUUUUCUGGAUACUGAUGAUGUUUCUAGUUCAUCUGGUUUGCAUUGCAGAUCUCAUUUUGGGGGCUUUAUUUGCAUUCAUUGCUCAUCUUCCAUGGGAGAGUUGCAGAUGCUGGGCGGCACAUUCUUGCUGUCAUUGCUGACUCUCCUGGCAUGUAUGGAUUGUUGAUGAUCUCUGUGUCUUGCAGGGUUGAAAGCUGCAGAGUUCCAGUGGGUUGCGAAGCUCCAGUAAGGCGGUUCACUAAAAUACAGUGCCAGGACUUCUCUGUGCUUUUUUUUUUUUUUUUAAAGCAACAGUCAAGUGAUAAGCAUCUCUUAAUAUUCAAUGGUCAAGGGUUUUUUUGUCUGCUAUAGAAGAGUUUUCGUGGUGUCUUUAGCACUUUCACAAACACAGGGCAUGCUUACUUGAUAUUUAUUAGAAUCGUGGUGGUGAUAUGGGCCUGGCUUUCAGGGACUUGGGAACAAGCCAUAUUCUAAACUGGUACUAAGUGUAAGCUGUUCUCUUUCUGAACACUUAUGUUGCUCUGCAUGCCUUUGUGAGACGAUAGUUGGGAGCUAGUCUCAGCCGGUAAAGAUUGUACCAUGUAUUUAACACAUCUGACUGCUACUCCACUUAUCUGUAGUGAUGAUGUGAAUGUGAUGCCACACUGUCUGCUUUGUAUCGUUCACUGCUUCUCAGAGCAUGGCCUUCCUUCUCUCCAAGACAAAUCUAUACAAAGAAACACAGGAAGGCACUCUGCUGUAACCAAGUUUUUAAUUAAUGCUUUGCUUGAAAUGGUGUCAAAAGGCUGUGGUGAGCCAUGUGCUUACAAUGAGCCUUAUAAGGUUUUUUGUUUCUACUCCUCAUACGUGGCCAAUUUGUUAAGUUGCAGCUAUUUGUAGACAUCAUUUCAUGCUGCAUUAUCUCUCACGAAGAUGCAAGGGUUUUUGCUCAGGCAGGUGAGAGAAACAUGAAUUACAAGGAGUUCAAUUGGUAUCAUUAGCUGUGACCCUUUCUCCAGCUAUUGUUUUGUCUACUGGGACUUACCGAUGUGUCUAUGUAUCUGCCACAGAACUGUCAUCUCUCAAGUUAUCCAGUGAGCAUUUUAAAGGCUUCAUGGUUCCCAAGCAGAGCUGGAUGAGAUGGCUGCUGCUGUCAGUGCUGAGUGUGUGUGGGUGCCUGUGCUGGGAGGGGGUGACAGCUGCAUCCCUGCUUCAUAGCCUGGUGGAAGUGAACCUUAUAAUGGUCGGGAGUGGGAUGUUAUAGUCAUGGAAAUCUUACACGCACAUAGGAUAUAAAAAGUACCGCUCAAAUCAUGUUCAUCCUAGGAUGCUGAGGUAAUGUUUUUUCCCUCACAUGCAGCAGUGAGAUCUGAAGAGCAGUACUCAGCAAAAAGAAAGGAGGGGAAAACCAAGGAGGUGUGGUGAAACCAGUUGGUGAAUUGAAGAGUAAUUUGCAAUGAAAAUAUUUAUGUGAAUCAUGGUGUCAAACAGGUGGGCUGUAAGGAAGUUUGGGAAGAUUGCGCUCAUUCUCUGAAUACAGUUAAUCAGAUCUCCUGCCAACAGAAGAAACAUUAGCACAUUGAGAGAGUAACUCAGAGAAAGGGAUUUAAUUACAGAGUAUUUGCUAAAUGUCAAAUCACAUGUAGAAAAAUCCGUGCAGCUUAUGAGGUAGUUAUGCAUGCUAUUUUUGCGCCUAGAACGCAGCAAGCCAGAUUCUAAAAUGCAGUUCCUGCAGAUUCUGCUGCAUCAGCCAGGUGCAUUAUCUAUCUCUGCCUCUCAAAAAGAUUUCCAUAUAACAAAGGGAUGGUGGAGAAAUUUUUGAAAGUUUGAAGCAAUGUGAUUGUACAAGGGCUGCUCCAAAAGUACUGCCUCCUAUUUCAUUAUUUUGGCCCCUAAUGUCAGAGGCACGUGUUGGUGAUAUGGCAGUAGAGGUUAGAUCUUCCUACCAAUGUUGCAUUAUGUUGUGUUGUGUGUGACAGAUGGCAGCAAAGGGACAGUCUGACAUGAAAGUACCUAUGAAGCAAAGAUAUCAUUGAAUUCUUCCAUUCGGAGGAAAAUGGCACCCAUUGACAUUCAUCAACACUUGCUGAAUGUUUACAGAGACCAAACAGUGGAUGUAAACAGCGCGGUGGUGGGUUCCAGCAAUGCUAACAAACAGUGUGUCACCUCUAGCGGUCCCGAAGGUUUGUGGUUGAGCAGGGAACAAUAAUGGCUAGUUCUCAUGUGCUGUAGUCACACCUCAGCUCCAUCGGGUGUCAGCAGCGAGCACGUAUCGGUAUAACAACCCAGCUCCAGUUAAAAGGAGAAAACAACCUACCUUGCAUCUAUAUUUGGUGCAGUGUGUGUACUGCACUAUGUUAACACACUGCAUCAGGAAGGAAUUUCAAAUGCUCUCAGGGAAUUUACUAACAAAAGUCCUGCUGGAUUUGCUUACAUGCAUUUGUGAGGGAAAACACUAAUCUUGUUUAAUAAACUAUUCUCUUUCCGCUGCUGCUCUUGGAGCCUGAACAACAGGCAUGAAACAAGGAAAGAAGACCUCAUUACACGUACAAACCAGGCACAGCAGUAGCAAAGGGAGAAGAUUUUUCUCUUCUAAUACAGAUAAACUGCUUGAUUUUUGGCUUCAAGAAGGAUUUUUGUUUGCUUUGGAGAAACAGACAGCAGAGUAAUCAGUGUUAGCUGAGCUCUUUCACUGAAUGGCUUCAAGCAACCCUGCUUGUUGCUUUCUGAAAUGAAGAGCAGACUUUGUACGAGUGUUUCCAAGUCUGCUUUAAUGUAUGAAGUUCUGCUUUGAAACACCAUGUCAAAUGAAGCCAGUUUGGAGCAGAAACUCUCUACAACAACCCUCAGUUCGGUUGCUGUUCAGGCUGGGAAUGCCAGUAUUGUUAUAGCUGUGUUGAAGUGUGGAAAAUGGGUGAAACUUCAGCUGGCUGAAUCAACACCAAAUUUAUUAGAAAUUGGCAGCAAUCAAGAUGAAACAAAAAAACUGCUACAAGAUCAUGAACUCCUCCUCACUAAACUUAAGGCUUUGGAAGAUCAGGUGUGGAACCUGCUGCAUGAAGCAGACAAGGCUGCUGAGGAGAAUAAGGAGAAGAGUCAGGUGUAUGAUGCCAUGGCAGAGACGCUUGGGGAUGCAUGGGAUGCCCUUGUAAUUAUGUUAAAGAAGAGACAGGCUCUUCUGGAACUUACUACAAUGUUCUUUGAAAAUGCUCUGGAGUUUGCUGUUAAAAUUGACCAAGUUGAAGAUUUUGUGAAAAAUGCUCAAGAAUUUGAUGACAUUGACAAUUUAAGAGAACUCCUUCUGCAACAGGAGCAUCAUACAAAAGAGCUCUUGGAAAAAUCACUUGCUCUUUUGAACAAAAGCCAUGAGCUAACUGAAUUCAUCGAAGAAUUCAAACGUGAGGGACCAAAUGCAAAUCCUGAGCUGAUUCAGGGAGCCCAGAGCAGCUGCUUGAAAAUUGAUAACCUCCUUGAACUGCUACAAGACAGACGAAGGCAACUGGACAGAUCUCUUAAACACCAGCGUCGAGGUCUGGAGCAGGUUCUACAGAUUUGUCUGUGGCAUCAACAAGAGAACCAGGUAACAUCCUGGUACAAGAAAAACAUCAGAGAUUAUCUUCAAAAGGAAAACCUGGGCUCAUCGUUAUUGGAAAAUGAAGAGUUACUUCAAAAGCAUAAAGAAAUGGAAGUCAAAGUGAAAGAAUGGAACUUCACUGUGGAACAACUAGAAGCUGAAGCGCUUAAGAUCUUGCUUUCAGAAGACUACACAGAAAAAGAGCAUUUAAAUAUUUCAAAUCAGAAGAUCCAUCUGUUAAGAGGAGAAGUAUGUUGCCAUAUGGAAGAGAGGAAAGCCUUGUUACAAGAGGCCAAUGACUUUUUUAAUACAGCUGAUAAGGCAGUUAAUGCUCUUGAGAAUUACCUUAAAAUCUUUAACUCAGAAGGCUUGAGUUUGCCUGUCCUGUCAAUGAAGUAUGAUGAAUUAAAGGAAGAAAUUAAAGGCUGCACAGCAAGUACGUUGCAAAAAGGACAAACUUUAAUUAAUAAAGCAGAUUCUCACAGCUCUUGGGUAAUAGGGAUUCAGAGAGCGAUAGAGAAUGUUAAGAAAAAAGAGGAUCAACUGAUCAGGCAGUGUCCAGAUGAUAAAGAACUCAUGUUGAAGAAGCAACAGUGGACUGUCUCACUUGAAGAUCAUCUAAAUAAGGUACUGCAGUCAAUUAAAAAAAUCACCUCAAGGCUUGCAGUCGAUGUGGAGGUUGGUUCCCAUCUGUCAGAGUCAGAAAGAAUUUUGAAUGAACACCUUGAGCUGGCAAAUCAAAUAAAGGAAACUUCAUGUGAACUGGGAGAAGCUGAGGGAAUCAUCAAAGACAUGAAAGAGUUUGAACCUGAGCAAGUGGCAGCUUUUAAAACCAAAACUUAUUUCUUGAAUGAAGAACUGAAAAAAGCUGAAAGAAGUAUUUGUACAAAAAUAGAAAUUCUAACAACUUAUGUGGCCUUUUUAAAGUCUUCAUUGGAGGUGAAUGACUACAUUCAAAAUCUGAAGGAAUUCUAUCAAGCAGAGCCUCUGCAAACAAGCAGGGAGGCUGAAAAUAAAAAUGCAAUGGAGUCAGUUAAUACAAAGUGGCAAGAAUCUAUAGAGAAGUUUUUUUCCACUGAAAAUCUGGGUCGCGUUUUUCUUAAUUUAGUAAAUACGAUAAGUGACGGCUUAAUAUUAAAAGUAGAAAAAUCUGUACAAGUUAUAGAAGAAACCAUUAUCAAUUUGAGUAAAGAAAUGAAAGAACUGACUGAUCUUUGGGCAAUCUGGAAUUUUAAAAUUAAUCAAGGAAAACCUAUCAGGCAACAGUGCUGGUUAUUGGAAGAGCAACUAAAUAAGACUAUGCAUGGUCUACAGUUUCUUCAAGAGGCACUCACACUUACAUCAACAGUUGAUCUUGGAAGUUAUGUUUGUCUUGCCUUAGAACAACAAAAACUUAACCAAAUGAAGCCACAGUUUCAGCAAAUGAAUGCUGAGCUGGAGUACAUGAUGAAAUUAUUAGAGUUGCCAAGUCAGAAAGGAUUUCCUGUGAAGGAGAAUUCUGAAAGAAUAAGUGAGCUUAUUCACCUUCAUCAAAUGGUGAAGAGCACAAUGACAGAGUAUGAUGAGAUUUUCAACAAGACGCUUAAAUUCCAUCAUGUUAAGAAAGAACUGGAAUGUCUAUCAAAAUCAGGAGAACUGGAUUUUCCGGAAAUUGCUGUGGUCCCUGAAGAUGUGCACCAUGCCAAAGCUUACCUUUUGAAUGCUCAAAAGAAACAUAUGCAUAUCAGACAGCUUUAUAAGCUGGCUAUUGACCAGGGAGUGGAUAUCUUGUCUGCAGUGCAGAAGCCUAAUUGCUUGAAUGUUUCUGCGAAGAAUCUGAAACAAGAACUUGCUCGACUUGAGUGUGACAGCAUUAACUGGAGCUCCAAAGCAGAUAAGUACGAGGAAGAACUAUCACAGCACUUCCAAUACUAUAUCAGUCAAGAGGAGAUAAAUGAGCUUAGAGAAUCAUUUAAGGACCUCAAAAAGAAAUUCAACAAUUUGAAGUUUAACUAUAUUAAGAAAACUGAAAAAGCUCGAAAUUUAAAAGCACUCAAAAUACAGAUUCAGCAAGUUGAUACAUAUGCUGAGAAAAUACAGAUUCUUAAAAAGAAGAUAGAUAAUUUAGAGAAGAAAUUAGUAGACGCUGCAACAAAUGAACCCAAUGUUAGAGUCAUGUUGGUGUCAAUAAGUGAGUUACAAAAACAGCUAAAUGAUUUUGGCAGAGUUGUGGAGGAUUAUAAGCAAAAUCUGGGCCUCACGGAGCGUCUGCAACUCAUGAUGGAAGAGUGUCAAUUUUGCUUUGAAGAUGUUAGUGCAACAGUCGUUAGAGUUGGCAAGUAUUUCGCUGAAUGCAAAACCAGAGAAGCAGUGGAGACCCUCUACAAGCAAUUCAAUAAGUUUAUUGAGUCUACAGUGCCUCAACAAGAAGAGAAGUUUCAGCAGAUUAUAGAUCUGGCUGAACAGUUAUAUGGUUUUGAAGAAGGAAAUAAGUAUGUUGAAAAAGCUGUAUCAAAGUACAAAGAAAUCCUUAAUUCUGUUGAUGAGUUGUGUAGAUCGCUGAGAGAAUUUAGAGAGAUUCAGAAAGAUGACUUUGCUGGAGAGCUGGUUACUGUUCAAAAAAAAGGAAAUAGUCAAGAAGCAUGUGAGGACAAAGCAGAUGAAGAAAAGCAUCAGAAGAGGAAUAAAUUGGCUGAUAUUCCAAUUAUCUGCCCAGCUGGUGAGGAUCUUGUUUCACAGGAUACAGAGCUGUCAUCUUCAGCCAAAGAGGAUAGUUUACAGACUGAAUUCCUGGCAGAAGAAAUACCCUCUGGAGAUGAAUAUGAGUGUAUAUCACCUGAUGAUAUCUCUUUGCCACCACUUUCUGAGACACCAGAGUCCAAUCUCUUACAUUCUGAAACCGAGCUAGAAGAGCAACAUUGUUGUAGUUCUCAUAAUUUGCAUGCCAGUUCAUAUAGCUUGCAAAUGCAGAAAGCCUCCAGUGAUAAAAGAUUGAUGGAAUCAUCUGAUCUCUUAACAAAUUCUGCUUAUGCUGAUGCUACAAAUACUAGAAUGGAAAGGCCAUCAGCUCAGCUUGAGAAGUUUUGUAUCUCUUCAACAGAUUCUGGUCCAAAUGUCAGAGCAGAUUCUCCUCUGCCUUGUCGUUUACAAGCAGUAUGUGAAGCUAGCGCUGCUUCCUGCACAAUAAGUGCCAAACCAGCAUAUAGCACGAUGAGUGAAGCGCGCAAAACACUUUUGCAGCACCUUGAAAUUCAUAAAAGCAUGGCAGAAACACAAGAACAAUUGCAUGACUCAAAUAACUGUACUAAAACCCAGGACAGGCUGCAUGCUUUGCCUGAUGCAUUCUCAGGUUUCGUCUUUCAAUCAGACGCCACCAGAAGCUGUCAGAGGCAGAUGGUCAUCCGAGAAGAGAUUAAAAGUGCAUCAGAAAAGAACAGCAUGGCCUGCCUAACUGGACAGGCUCCUAACUUCUCCCAGCUUCUGUCUAAUGUAACCGUCAUGGAAGGUUCUCCGGUAACUCUGGAAGUAGAAGUAACAGGAAUCCCAGAGCCUACACUGACAUGGUACAAGAAAGGCCAGAAAGUGACUGCUGAUGAGCACUUAACGCUUUCCCAAAAGGAGACAAAGCAUACUUUAUUCAUUCAGAAGGUGUGUGAUAAUGAUGCUGGCCUCUAUGUUGCUCGGGCUAAAAAUUCUAGUGGCACUAUAUCAUCAAGUGCCAUUCUCCGUGUGCAAGUACAAGGAAAACAGCCAAAUUUCAUACAGAAAUUUGGACACACAACUCUUCAAGAAGGAGAAGAUUUAAUCCUGCAUUGCACUGUACGUGGAAAGCCCGUACCACAUGUCUACUGGAGCAAGGAUGAUAUCCAAAUAGUUGCUGGAGACAUCAGUACUGAGAAAUUAGGAGAUAACUACUACCUGUUAAAAAGAAAUGUAGCUCUUGCUGAUACUGGGAAGUAUAUCUGUGUUGCCAGCAAUGAAGUUGGAAAGGCAUGCUGUUCUGCUAUAGUAACAGUGAUAGAGAAAAAUAAAAACCCAGAACUUUUCACUGUAAGUCAGGCUAAAUCAGAAUGGGAAAAUGGGUACUUCUCAACAAAAGGGGAUGUCACCACAGCUGAACUUGUACAAGACCAGGACAUGUAUUGUGUGAGAGGCCAAAUGCCAGUCUCUAAGCAUCUCCCAGUAAGGUUUGAAGAGAAACUGUGGCUUCAAGGAGUGUAUCUUGAGCUUGCGAGACCACCAGAUAUUAGCUUCAGUCUGGAACAUGUUCCUGGUUUACUUCAGCCUACUGCCAAGGAUCAGAAGAUGAACUGCGAUUAAUGAGGGGGUUCAUCUUGUUUCCUGUUUCCCUAUGUGAUGAGAAAAUGAAUAUUUGAGAGCUAUUUGAUGUGUAUCUAGAUUGAAAUUUAUAUUUGAUUUCUCUAUAAAUCGUUAUUAAUAAAACUCACUAAUGCCCAGCAGUUA